UAUUCCAGCCGACAUUGAGCAUGCAAGAUCAAGAUAUCAUGUUGUGCCGUCAUAAUGGAAAUUUGGCGCGGGGCCUUGUCGGCAAUGCCGUCGCAAUGCCAUGAGGGGACACAAGGCUGUGGCGCACAACGCCGUCAUUCCUUUUCAGCCAGUGACACUCUUGCGUGGAUAAACGGAUGGAAUGCAAAGCAUAUAUGAGCGCAUUCAGCCAGUCGGGUUUUCAAUGUCCAUGCGAAAUAGAUUAUGUUCUCGUAUAAGCCCCCAGCUGACCGGCUCGCCUCACCGUCAGAAGUACAACCGUGCAAGUAGGUAGAGGCUUCGCCUGCCCGACCCUUGGCGGGUACAGCACCAAAAGAGCCUCCAAAUCUUUCAGAUAAGCACGCAGAAAGGCCUGCUCAUGCUGCCGUGCGGAUCUUACCAGAACCAAAGAUGGGACCAUGACAGCGUCAGAUUAUCCUCCGAUGGAGGAUCCCCUCCACUGGUCGUUGACGGAUCGACCCUCCGGUCCUGAGGAGAAGCAGCUGUUGAAAGCGCAACUUCUACUAGCCCUAUGGACGUCGACACCAGGCAGGGACCUCAGAUCUUCCGACGCCUUUCUCGAGUACUAUCUGGCUCAGCGCUAUCUGAUCAGAGUGUACGGCUUGAACCUCCAGACCCACGAGGACGUAAUCAACCUGAUCCUGUUCAUCCGCGCGCGCUCCACCGUCCCCCGCGACGACCUCCUCGCACAGUUAAACAACGACCAUUGGACCUGGCUGGGUCCCGCACCCCAAUCCGCAGAGCACGCUGUAGAGAUUGCGGUCGGCAUCUGGCUCAUGGUCGGGGUAGACGACUGGGCGGGUUCGCAAACACUACAAGAGUACGUUGCAGCGUUAUUCCCCGACAAGCACGACAGCAGCGUUGUCACCGCGCCAGUGUCGCUCGAGUUCAACGCGUACAACCUUCACCGCAUCGGCGGCUUUAAUGUCGUCUGGACAGACUGCAUCCAGGACCAUCUGUCGCUCAUCAAUGACCAGACGCAAAAGGAGCUACGCGUAUUUCACGUAGCCUGCUUCCUACAGUACUCCACGUACAGUAACCCUAACCAUAAGAUAUUCCCCCCCGGGUUCCUCGAAGAAACAAUCCGAACCCUCGCCCUCCUCUUCCCCGCCGCCCACCUCGACUGCCGCCAAUGGAUACAAGGGGCCCAAGAGCGCGAGAACGUUGGUCUGGAAGCCGGUCUCCUCCUGCGGGCGCCCCGCGACCUGCGCAACUACCGAUACUGGGGCCAGCGACUGCGGGAACUCAAAGACGAAUAUGAUCGGACUGAGCCCACCACGAUCAGACAGUGGGUGCUGGACAAGCGGAAACCCAACCAGCGAUACACGUUUUGGAUAGCGGUGGCGGCGUUGGCGCUGGCGCUGGUUUUUGGAUUGAUCCAGUCGGUGACGGGGAUUGUGCAGGCGGUUGCUGCUGUUAGGGGGGAUGGUUGAGUUUUCUUCUCGUCUUCUGUCUUUUAUUUUUUUCUCUUUUUUUUUGGUUGACGGGGACUUUCUAUGGGCGUCGAGUCAAGCAAACAUAGGAGGUCGCUGCAUUUCUGCUCAAUCCCAUAUUCGAUACAGAUGGUUAAGGUUCAAUUAAUGCAUAUUCCAUUCCCGUUCC